GAUACGGCUACCCACCUAUAUACUUUUUUUUUAUAAUCCCACCUAUAUACUUGCAACAACCUCCAAGAAGUCCAUCUCUCCAUAAUAACUAGGUGGGCCCAGUUAGUUGGCCGGAGUAAGGUGAGAUAUGAACUAAAAUCAAGCACCUGUUACCUUAUGAAACAAUAUUGUUUCUGGUAAUAUAAUGAGGUGGGGUAAAUUUUAUAGAAACCGAAUUCAAGAAAAUCGAAUAAAAAAUCAUCUAUUCCGUCGGUUUUCGGGAAAUGAGCAUCUCACAAUCGUUGCUAGCUUUUACUCGGCCCGCCGGCUGAUUAAUUUGCUUUAUAAAACUUUCAUCUUGUCAUCAUUGUGCUUUCUGGUUUUUGCCAGCCCAUGAUAAAAUAUAAAGAAAUCAAGAACAAACAACACGAUUUGGGAUAGGAACCGUCGUUCUUAUAUCCCUAGAAAAUGAUGGUAAACACAGACUCACUUGCCGAACUGGUAUGGAUUGAGAUUUUUAUCGAGUAUCAGGAAACCAUGUGAUUAUAAAUUAGACUUGAUCAAAACCGGCCAAAACUUGAAAUUUAACCCGUUUAACUUACCCAUGCCAAACUCUAAUUAUUCUUUAAUUUUAAACUUUCUAUUUGAAAAUAAAAAAUAGUGAAAGAAAAGAGAUGAUUGCAAUUCGCCAUUUGCACAUCACUGAUUCAUGAAUAAAAUCAUAGAAAUUCGAAAGAAAACUGAAAAUGUUUAGGAUCGUUUUAAUAUUAAAAAUAACCAAAUAGAUCUUUCUAUUUUAUUUUUUACUAACAAAUACCAAACGAUUCCCUAUAAAAUACUCUAUAAUUUAAUCAUUAUGAUAUCAAAUAAUUAUAUAAUAUAUAUUUGAAAUGAUAAAAAUUGGACUUAUUGGGUUGGUCGAGGUUGAACCAUUUAGUAACUUUAAAAUACAUUAUAUUUUAGCCACUAAGAUAUAAAAUAAUAGCAUAAUUAUAUUAUGCUAGAGAAAAUAGCUUGUUUUAGAAUGACAAACCCAUGAUGUUCAUUUGUUUUACUUAAUGACCAAAUCCCGUGUAGGUCAGACCCAUUCAACUCUUUUAUUUUAUGAUUAGCGGGUUGCCCAUUAGAAUUCAUGCAUUAGUUUAUUGUUAAAUUUUUUCUUUUUAGCAAUAAAAAGAGUAUUGUUUUGGAUCUUUCAUAUAUAUUUUACCAAACCGAGAAAUAAAAGGGCUUAAAGAAAAAAAAUUGACACUACUGGGCUCGUUUAAAUCCGCAUGUGUAUGGUAAGUUGACCCGUUCCAUAGAGGAAAGAGAAAAAAAUUGACACUCUCUAUUCUACCCUUCCUACAAACGCUCCUCGAGCAGGGAAUUUGAAAUGAGGGAAGAGUUUUUUCCUUCCUACUAUUAUAUGUUUUUAAUUUAAAAAUAUACAACAAAUGUAUUUAGUGUGAUUGAUUAUGAUCUUUGUUUUUCUUUAAAGUGGUCAUGGUUCGAAUCCCACUCCUUCCUGCUAUUAUAUAUUGUGUAGAUUUUACCAGCACCGAGAAAUGAAAGAUUUUAAAGAAAAAAAAUUGACACUCCUGGGCUCGUUUAAAUCCGCAUGAGUACGGUAAGUUGGCCGUUUCACAGAGGAAAGAGAAAAAAAUUGACACUCCAUAUUCUACCAUUCCUACAAAGGCUCAUGGAGCAGGGAAUUUGAAAUGAGGGAAGAGUUUUUCCUCCCUGCCAUUAUAUGUUUUUAAUUUAAAAAUAUACAAUAAAUGUACUUAGUGUGAUUGAUUAUUCUUUGUUUUUCUUUAAAGUGGUCAUGGUUCGAAUCCCAGUACGUGUCUUUUUAAUGAAUAAAUAAAAAUAAAGUAAAUUGUGAAAACCAAAAUGUCAUUCUACUUUCACUCUCGUUGCAAGAAAUUUGAAAUGGAGAGCGGAUCAUGUCAGUAAUCUUAUGAUGAGUAACCAUGAGUAACCCAUGCACACCAGCAUGACAUCAACAUCUCUUUCUCUCAUGGAUUUUUUUUAAAUCUUUUCCCCUUUAAUAUUUAACGGACGAUUUCUCUCUCGUUUUAAGUCGAAAUAUAAAUUUUUUUGCACAGAUAAAUCCGAUUAAUUGUACUCUUUUAAAUGAUAUCCACUUUUAUAUAUAUUUUAUACAAAAAAAAUUGAGUAAUUUUUUACCAGUCAAUAACAUAUGGUAUGCUCCUAUUUAAUAUCAUAUGAUAAGAAAGCGUAUCAUGAUGGUAUCAACAUACCAAUAUGUAGGGGUGAAAGCUUGUCCCGGAAGACCCACUGACCCGUCCCGUCCCUAAGGGUUGGGACGGGUCAGUUUGUCUACAGGGACAGAUUAGGGACGGGUCAUUUGUUAACCCUGUAAGGGUCGGGGCGGGUCGGGACAACUUAGAGACGGGUCACGUUUUGACCCUGUGACCCUUAGCAGCAACAAAUAUCUCACACUUCAUUGACCUUUUUGUAAAGUUUUAAAAGUUUAGGUACUAAUUUGUAAAAAUAAAAAAAUUUGGGUAAAAAAAUGUAAUUUUACCAUCAAAAUUUAUGGACUUAUUUGUAAAAAUAAAAUAAAAUUUAGGUACUAAAUUGUAAGAAAAAUAAUUUUGGGUACCAAAAUGUAAUUUGUAAAAAAUAGUGUGCUGAUUAGGGUCGACCUUCUGACCCGGCCCGUCCCGUCCCAACCCUUGAGGGUCAGACAGGGUCAAGAAGGAUACAGGGACGGGACGGGACAGUUAUACAUCUUGACCCUUCAGGGACGGGUCAGACAGGGACAGGGACGGGACAUGCAAAUUUUCAGCCCUACCAAUAUUGUAGGAAGGUUGAAUACAUGAUAGUAGGAGUAUACUAACUGUCAUUUACAACUUUCAUCAUUGUUUACUACAAGUUAACACAAGUUACCACCCACAAACCAUAGUUGUAAAGUAUGGUAACUUCUGAUCAUGUAUUUUUUUUUCACCCAGAAAUUUGUAGAUCAAAUCGAUUAUGAUGAACUUGUUCCUUCUGAGCAAAACGUUUUCAAAAACGACUUAAAAACGAAGAAGUUACCAUAUGCUAUGUAGUUGGUAACGGGAGGUAUGAAAAAAAGUUUCUCGAAAUAUAUUAAAAAUUGAUCUCAUUUUGUAGAGCACAACAAACUCGUUCCAUCUGUACAAUUUUUUUUUGAAAUCCGAGUUAGAACGAAGAAGAUAAGAGUCGAUUAAAAAAAUUAUGAAAAAUAGAAUGUCUUUAAUUCACAACUUUUAGAUCUGGAUUUUCUGAGCCCAAUUAGAUAUAACAGUUCAAAUUUAGUUACUAAUAAGUAAGUAACCAAUGGUUACUCACCGUAUACUAAGCAUUGGAGGAGAACCUCCAUAUAUGUUUGGGAGGAUUGCUAUUUUAAUAUUAUUGACCUUAUCUCGUACUCAAAAGAUAGAAGAAAGGAAAGGAGGAAGAAAAUGGAGUAGCUAUAAAAUUGAUAGGGAAAGAACGAGAAUUUGUAAUAUGGUUGCGCCACAGAGAAGCAAUAAUUAUACCGUAACUUUUUAUAGUAAUAAAGAAGCAAAAAUCCAAAUUAUUAUAUCCCAAUUAUGGUUUUCACGCGGGUGGAAUGCCGGACAGUUGAACUAGUUCGGGUCAUGAAACUGGCGUGAACAGGUAUGACUAAUAUGAUCGAUAUACGACUUCUAAGAAAAAUGAUAGUGUUCUAGAGAAUUUAACUAAUACUGUAAAUUAUUAUUUAUUUAACAAAUUUGAAAUUUAAAUAUUGAUGUUAAUUAUUGAAUUUAAGUAUAACAUUUAGGUAUUGACGUUAAAUAUUGUAUUUAAAUAUGAGUAUUUGUUAUUUUUAUUUAAAAUAUCAUAUCAUAUUUUAUUUAAAUAUGAAUAUGAAUUAUAAGUAAAUUGUGCUUAAUUAUGUUUUAUAUAUGAUUAAAAUCUUUUAAUGUUAAUAAUUUUUUAUAUUUCUACAUAUUUUAUUAAACGAGCAAAAAUCAAUUGUACCACCGAUCUAACCAUUCUACUUGUUAAACCGGUACAAUGGUAUAAACUGGUUUGACAACCUCAUCCCAAUUCUCAAUCAAACUAAUCAGGGCAAAGUUGUCAACCCGUAGGUUGGCCCGCUUUGAUCCUGAUCUGGUGAGAAAACCAGACCGUAUACACCUGACCGGUCGACCCGUGGCAAGGUAUCGGAUUGGAACUCCAACGGCGUCGUUUUUCUUUCGGUUUGUGAAAUGCGUCUAUUCUUCACGGUAAAGCGAUCGAUCCAUUAAUACUCAACUCUCUUGUUGGACCGACCAACACACUAAAAAUGGUUAAUCUAUAAAAAAAAGGUAAUGUCUAUUUUUUAUCCAAACCUUUUUCAGAUUCUUUUAUAUUAUCCAAACCUAUCGAAAUACUAAAAACUAGCCAAAUGUUAACUUUCCGUAAGCAAUUUUGUUAGUAAUAAUGACUUGCAACAUGAUACUGACUUAGAAGAGACACAUGAAGGUCAACAUUCCAAAAUUUUAGUAUUUUAACUAAGAAAAGAGUUACAAAAUUAUUGACGAUAACGUAAAAUGGCUAAUAUUAUUAUGCAUUACAAAAGAUUUGACUAAUUAAUAGUAUUUCGAUAGAUUUGGAUAAUAUAAAAAAAUUAAAAAAUUUAAAUAAAAAAUAGACAUUUAAAAAAACUAAUGUAAUCCCCAGCCAGUCGCUGUUUCCUUCUCUUUCCCUUCCUUGUGUGGCGAGCGCAGUCCAGGAGGGAAACAGAUUCUCCUCCGCAGCUGGAUUCGUGAGCAGAAAACCUAAACAAAGGGUUGCUGAAAAUCAGGAGAGCAAAGCAGGGAAUCAGCGGUUUCUCGGGGGCGGCUCUGGAUCUGCAUCCAAUUCUCUAUUUCACUAUUUGCCUCCGACUUCCCCGUUCGCUAUUUCCCCUCUCUCUCUCUGGUUUCUCCGGUCGGUCGAGCUCCCCCGCCGCUCUUUUCUCCCUUAUUUUCUUUAAUAUUUUCCUUGGUAAUGUCGACUCACUCGAUUUCCCUACCUUCGCAGGUCCGUUAAAAUCAACAACUCGUUUGGUCUUCGGUUUCUCAAUCAAUCAAUCAAUCAAUCAUGGCGUCCAAGCGCAUCUUGAAGGAACUCAAGGAUUUGCAGAAGGAUCCACCCAGUUCCUGUAGCGCAGGUCCUGUGGCGGAGGAUAUGUUCCAUUGGCAGGCAACGAUUAUGGGACCCUCUGAAAGCCCCUAUUCUGGAGGUGUUUUCCUGGUCACCAUCCAUUUCCCCCCAGAUUAUCCUUUCAAGCCCCCUAAGGUAGCAUUCAGGACCAAGGUCUUCCACCCUAAUAUCAACAGCAAUGGGAGCAUCUGCCUAGAUAUCCUCAAAGAGCAAUGGAGCCCUGCUCUUACCAUUUCAAAGGUGCUGCUCUCGAUCUGCUCCUUGUUGACGGAUCCCAAUCCGGAUGACCCUUUGGUGCCAGAGAUUGCCCACAUGUACAAGACAGACCGUGCCAAGUACGAGGCAACUGCACGCAGCUGGACCCAGAAGUAUGCUAUGGGAUGACAGGACUGAAGUGGUUGAUGAGAGACCACAAGAAACAGAAACACAGAAGAAGGAAAGUUAUCAAUUAUGUCUUCAGGAUUUGAAACAUUGUGGUUACGUUUGUGGUGGGAUGCAGCAGCUUGUCCUGCUUGUUUUUGGGUUUGUCAUAUAUGUUUUUGGUUAGGGCUCUUUGAGAUUUGAAGGGAGUUCGGGUUUUUAUGAACUCCAUAACAGUUUUACUACAUGGGCGUUCUUUGCAUUUUGUUGGAUUGGGGGAAUCACAGAAUAUAAAUACGAUAAUCCCCAACGAGGUGGAUCUUAUGAAUAUUAUCUGGUCUGCUACAGCCAAACACUGCUUGUUUCGUUUGUUGGGGAUGUGGCAGGUUUGUAUUCUUCUUAAUUAGAUGCAUGGGUGUCGAAUCCACGCCUCUAUCUAGUUUAUAUGGCAAUGAAUUAGGAUUUUUGUUCUCUAGGGUCAUUUGGUUUUGGUGAUUGUUUCGUGGGGAUAGUUACAAUGUAUGUAGUCGUUUGGUUUUGGAGAUUGUUUGAUGGGGAUAGUUACAAUACAUUGUUUUUUUGAAUUUUUUGUACAAACAAUGCAUGUAUUUUCAUAUUGAUGACAAUCUAUCAAUUUAACUAAUGACCGAAAAUUCAUUCAUGUGCAAUAAUCAAGCUUGCUUGUCUUCUUUCGAUCACUCGAUUGCGAUCCACCAAUCUCGAUUCCAGCUGUGUUUGUAAUCAAUCACGAUUCACGUG